AUCAAUAAGAAUAAAUCAUUGCACUGUUCGCAAGUGCACACCAAAAAUGGAAAGUACAUUAAAUUUGCCAAAAGGGUAAAAUGUAUUCCAGAAUAUGCAAGCCCAAGGUAAACACUGAGUGUUCCAUUGCUUCUUGUGUCUUUAUAUCUGGGAAAAAAAAAUAAAUUAACUGUGAUUACUUUCAAAGAGUGAAAUGAAAGUCUUGUAGAAAACUGAACUUAAGUUGGGUAUUUGGAAAUUGACGUGCUUACACUUUCUUCCCAGAACAGCUGCUCUUAGGUCACAGUUGUUUGACACCCACCUCUGGGCUUUGUAAAGAUUUAUGUGUUUGUAAUAAGAGCUGAUGCUGUGCUGCAGUGAUCCAGAACGGCGGAACAGCAGCCUGCUUUCAGUCUGACUCAUCAGUAGAAAUUGUGAAGAGCUGCAGAAGAGAGGCCAAACAGACAAGCUGAUAACUCAAAGAAAUACUCUUUUGAGUUUGGGGUUCAGAGUGGAGUCAUCAUGAGCGAUGUUACCAUUGUGAAGGAAGGCUGGGUACAGAAGAGGGGAGAAUAUAUAAAAAACUGGCGGCCAAGAUACUUCCUGCUGAAGACAGAUGGCUCUUUCAUAGGCUAUAAGGAGAAGCCCCAGGAUGUGGAUCUGCCAUAUCCACUCAACAACUUUUCAGUGGCAAAAUGUCAGCUAAUGAAAACAGAGCGACCAAAGCCGAACACAUUCAUUAUCAGAUGUCUUCAGUGGACCACUGUCAUAGAGAGGACGUUCCAUGUAGACACUCCAGAGGAACGGGAAGAAUGGACAGAAGCAAUCCAGGCUGUAGCAGACAGACUUCAGAGGCAAGAAGAGGAGAGGAUGAACUGUAGUCCAACUUCUCAGAUAGACAAUAUAGGAGAAGAAGAGAUGGAUGCUUCAACAACCCAUCAUAAAAGAAAGACAAUGAAUGAUUUUGACUACUUAAAACUACUGGGCAAAGGCACAUUUGGCAAAGUUAUCCUGGUCCGAGAGAAGGCUAGUGGCAAAUACUAUGCUAUGAAGAUUUUGAAAAAAGAAGUAAUUAUUGCAAAGGAUGAAGUGGCUCACACUCUUACAGAAAGCAGAGUAUUGAAAAACACCAGACACCCUUUUUUAACAUCCUUGAAAUAUUCCUUCCAGACAAAGGAUCGUUUGUGUUUUGUGAUGGAGUAUGUUAACGGAGGAGAGCUGUUUUUCCAUUUGUCGAGAGAGCGCGUGUUCUCAGAGGACCGCACACGCUUCUAUGGUGCAGAAAUUGUCUCUGCCCUGGACUAUCUGCAUUCUGGGAAGAUUGUGUACCGUGAUCUCAAGUUAGAAAAUCUAAUGUUGGAUAAAGAUGGACACAUAAAAAUUACAGAUUUUGGACUUUGCAAAGAAGGAAUCACAGAUGCAGCAACUAUGAAAACAUUCUGUGGUACUCCAGAAUACCUGGCACCUGAGGUGUUAGAAGAUAAUGACUAUGGCCGUGCAGUGGACUGGUGGGGAUUAGGAGUUGUCAUGUAUGAAAUGAUGUGUGGAAGAUUACCCUUCUACAACCAAGAUCAUGAGAAACUAUUUGAACUGAUAUUAAUGGAGGACAUAAAAUUUCCUCGAACUCUGUCUGCAGAUGCAAAAUCAUUACUAUCAGGUCUACUGAUAAAGGAUCCAAAUAAACGACUUGGUGGAGGCCCAGAUGAUGCCAAGGAAAUCAUGCGUCACAGUUUCUUUGCUGGAGUAAACUGGCAAGAUGUAUAUGAUAAAAAGCUUGUACCUCCUUUUAAACCUCAAGUGACAUCUGAGACAGACACCAGGUAUUUUGAUGAAGAAUUUACAGCUCAGACUAUUACAAUAACACCGCCUGAAAAAUAUGACGAGGAUGGUAUGGACUGCAUGGACAAUGAGAGGCGGCCGCAUUUCCCCCAGUUUUCCUACUCUGCAAGUGGACGAGAGUAACUUUUUUGUUCUGCUGCUUCACUGUCAUCUUAAGUUUAUCAGUGAAAAUGAUUCCUGAACAUCACCACCAGUACUAGAUACUACUAAGAUAGCAGGGGCACUUUCAGAGACCAUUCCAAAUUGAACAAGUUUCUUUCCCAAACCUACCUAAAAUCCAUUCUGGUUUUGCAUGACAUACGAGAUUCUCUCUACUCCGCUCUCCUGCUGUUGCUGCUGCCCACAGCCUCAGUAUAAUAGCAACGUCAAGAAGUUACUAACAGUUUCUUUGAAGGUAAAUGACUUGACUUCAGCAUUGUACACUUUGUGAACAAGUAGUCAUCUAUUUUUCCUCACAGUGGAGGCUAAACAAAAGCCCUGUCGGUCCAGCUUAUCUUCUUCCAGAAGAUGAAUCAAAAUUGUAAUUAGUCUAAACAGACUAGGCGAUAACAUUUUCUUGCAUCUGUUUGUGCUGGUUAGAAUGAGGAAACGUAGAGGUGGUGAUGUACAUAUGCAAGGUUUCUGUUAGGCAUAUCAUUACUUGAAGCAGGUCUCUGUCAUUAACAUCUGGCUGGAAUUUGUUUGGGAAAUGUUUGAGAGAAGGACUUAAAUUGUUGAUAUAUAUAAAUAUAUAUAUAUAUAUAUUAUUUUUUAAUUACUGUUGGAUACUACAGAAGAAGCAGAAGGGCUGGGCUCACCCAGCCUGCCACUUAGAACUUCCAGGUUCAUGUGCAAUCAUGGAGAAUCGGACAUUAUACAUGCAAGAAAUGAAGGCAUAAAAGCAGCAGUUGAAGUUGUUCAAGGGGUUUUAUAAUUUGCACCAGAUAACAUCUUUUUCAUGCUUUUCUCUUUCAUGAUAUGCAUCACCUCUGAUGGCUGAAGAAUGUAGACAGGCAUAAUGGUAUUGCUUUUCACCAAAAUGUGUGCACCAAGGUAAACAGGUGUUUGCCUUACUUGUUUUUGAUUUUGUGAAUUAGCUUCCUCUCCAGGUGUUUAACUCCAAUUUUUUUUUUUUUUUUGUUAUACUGCGGUAGUAUUUAUUUUUAGAGAUAAGGUUUGUAUAUGUCAUGUUUGCAAAUGCUGCUACAUCUUAGAACAGGCUUAUAGCAGUUAAUUUUAUAAUAUAUGGAAGGACUGUACAAGCUGAAGGGAAUAAUGCACUUUUCUCCCAUGUGGAAAUUUUAACAAGGCUCUGAAAUUGUACAUACUGCUUAGAACCAGAUUUUUGUGAAUGAAAUACUGUCUUUUAACAGUUUGGCUGUGGAGGUGGGGAUUUCCAACCUCACGUGUCAAAAGGUUAAAAGUGAGCAGACAAAAAAGCUACAUCUUGUGCUCCAUUUAGGAUAAACAUAAUCUAAGAGCCUGACAGCACAAGAGAAAAUGUCUGUUCUAUAUGAAGGAAUUGCAUUUGAACAACAAGACCACAGUGAUUACAAGAAAAGCACUUUAUUUUAACAAUUAAAAUAGUAAAUUUCUGGGAUCAGCUGUUCUCAAGGAAGAUUUGCCCUCAACCAAAAGAGUCCUGAAACCCAGGAGGUUAUGUAUAACCGUGGUACCUGAUUGACUGAAUUUCAAACAUCACAACAAACGCUCCACUGGUAGGGAAACGUCUUUCCAUUUCCGAAGAUCUGUAUCUAACAGAAUAUGUGCAUAAACUUUAGCUUUGAUCUUCAGCAAUGAUAAUCUUAAUAAUAAACCCUUUGGUGCUAGGAGUGGGGGUGUGACGCGGCGCAGCGACAGAGCGCGCGCGCCCUUGCAGGCGACAUCGGGAACCCCCGACUCCGUGGGAUUAUCAUUGGAAGUAUCUCUGCGUUCAGCUCUUGUUAGCUCCCACAAAGACUGUGAUAUUGCAGAGUAUUCCUGGUUGCGUUGUGUGAGUGAGUAGAUGAGUCUGAGAGAUGUUCCUACACAGAUGCCUUAGCCUCUUGAUGUGGAAAGUUGAGUGCCCAAGCAUGAAGCCCACUGCUGGCAGUGCAUGUGCUGGGAUGGUCAAGGGGUAGCUGGGCAUUUUAGCAAGGCAGCUAAAGACGCAGAGUAAUUUAGACAAUUUUUCAUGUUUCAUGUUUUAUCUUUAGUAAUGGAUGGAUAAUCAGUUAGAAAUAUAUCAUGAUGUAUACUCUAACUGCAUAGGAUUUCAUUAUGUCACCCUGUAACACUAAAGACGUGUAGAUGUUGUCCCUGUGCGGAGAGAGAGGAGAGCAGCAAAUGCGUUGCAGGUCUGCCCUGGACUGGUGGUGUAGAGCUGUCUAUACUGACACAGUGAGUGAGUGACUGAAAUAACCAAGUACUUAACAGACGGGCAUUAAUUAGUUCUCUGCAAAGGUCUUGUUCUCACAGACUGAAACUAUGGUGAUUCAAAAUCUGUGUUACAUGUCUGUGUUUUCUCCCCUAUGUUUUCAGCUUGUAAUAGCAAUAAGUUUCUUGGCACAAGCCACCUCCAGCCAGUGGCCAACUGGCUGUGUGUGGCACUGUCCAUCAGCUCCUCGUGUCAGUGACACCUUGUGCUUUUCUCUGCGUUGUGUGGCCACGUAGUGUGUGGUUUGCAGGAGGGGCCUGGCAGUGAACUAUUUGUAAACCUUUUAAGACAUCACUUUGCAUUGUCUGGCUUCUGAAACGUCAGAGAUCCAGUUUAUGAUGCAGAGUCAGCAGCCACCUUGUGCUGCCCAGGCCUAGGGGGAUUCUGUCUUACCAGUGUUAGAAACAGAUGACAGAGAAGUGGACAAGCAGUGCUGAGAGAAACUUUUGAAACUCUUCUUUUGCUGUCUGCGGUUGUGGUUGAAUUUGGACAGGAGGUGGUGGCUGGUUGUCUUGGUGAGCCUUUUGAGCACAGUACAUUUCAGACCUUUACUCCAGCUUGUACUGACUUCCAUGACAUACAGUAUGCCCUCUUGUACUGCAGCCAUCUCAGAGGAAAUAGGUCAGUUCUGUUUGGAUUUUGGCAGUUUUGCACACAGCUUCGCUUUCCACACUAAUCCAUCUUCCAGUACAUUCCUGUUGCUUAAAGAACAUUUAUUCCAGUAUUGUUUCACCUUUUUUUUCCAUCUUUACUUGCGGCUUCUUAAAGCUGACUGUUCUUGCAGGGGCCAUGUGCUUCUCCUAGAGUACAAAAGUAAGGUCAUUCCUUACUAACUGCAGGGUCUAUAUAUUACACCUCAAUGUACACACUUUGCUGCUACUGUUUGUACUGUCUACAGUAGAAUUUCCUUAUCUUGCUCCUGGUAGUGCAUUACAGGCAAGCAUGAAAUGUAAAGUAUUUAUUUAAAUAAAAACCUCUAAAUUGGUAAUUGAAUUACCUCCCUGUAGCUUUAGAGUUUGUGACAUUUCUUGACCUUGCUAGUUCUUUCAUUAGAUCCAUGCAAGAUCUAGUCAUAUGGUUAAGGAUAUUAAGCAGACACGACUACGAACCCAAGAAACCGUAUUACUGUUGGUCAUACUUAAACUGUUUAUUUCCUUAAGUAUAUGACCCACAAGGAUGUGAAAUAACUACAAGAAACUGUUUUUGUACACUGUACAUCCUUAGUAUUUUUACACGUAUAUGAUAGGGAUGCACAUUAUUUUCCUUCGUACAGACAGCUUAAAUAAAGCACUAUGUCAAUCUGCUACUUCUGUGUUUUUUAAUGCUAAUUUGUUCUGGAGGAUUGUAAAUAUAUAUAUAUAUAUGUUCAAGCUUGCCACAGAGGACGUAUUUUUUUAUAUCUGCACAUUACUAUUAAAUAUCUUAGAGAAUAAAAUUCUUAAGUUGUCCUGUGUCAGAAAAAGAAAAAUGGAAAUGAGAAGGCUAUAUUGCAGAUUACAAAAGAUUUCUCAAGUUUUGGGUUAAAUAUUUACUUCAUAUUUUAAAGUAAUUUUAUAUAGGUUAGAUGUUUCAAUCCUGAAAUGCACAAAGAAUUUACUUAAUUUCUUCUUACAAGAAAAUGUACAUCAUUAUUUUUUUAUCACUGUAUAUAUAAUGAUCUGUGCAUGUUUAGUUGCAAGUUUUAUUUGCUGUGAAGUCCUAGUGAUAACUGUAACUCGCUGUGACAUAUUUCAGAUACUGGGUGAACAGUUUCAGCUUGUAAAUGAUUAAGUUACAGUAUUGUCAAAAAAAAAGUUUUUAUGACUAAGCAAAAUGUAUCUGUGCUUUGGACCGAGGCUGUUUCCAUACAGGUGGUUCCUGUUAACUCUUUGAGAUGUAUGUCACUUAUAAAAGUAAAUUUGGGUUAUACUUUUGAAGAUAUGCUCCUAUCAGAACAUCCACCAUUUAACUGAUUUUCAGCUGAUGAAAUUCUUGGCCUCAUACCCCACAGCUAGACGAUGUUUGGGGAAGGAGACAGAAGAAAGGGAAGGUGGGAUUUGCAGGGCACUGCAGAAUGGGACUCUUUGAAGCCCACGGGCUGGUCCGGGGCUGUUUGAACCAGCCAGUCUGGAGGGCUGAGUGUCCCUAAAGCAGUGGGUCUGACGGGUUUUCUGUUCUCUGAUGUGAAUGCUUCUCAGGAAUAGAGGUGCUUCAUCCAGGUCUCAGGUUAUUUCCUUUCUUUUUUCCCUCCUUUUUUUUCCUCCCCCACCUUGUAAUAGGAAAGAGCAUCAGGGAAACAGCCAUGGAUUAGUUCAGUGAUAUCAGGAUGUCAGUGACCAGGACAAAACUGCAGCAGUGACAGGACUCUCUGGUCAGGCUGCAUCCCGUGUUGUGGAAUCACGCUCUGUGUGCUGACCUGGAUUUGAUCAUCGGGUCUGAUACUUGUAGAAUUUCUAAAACCAAGCUUAUAGUGCUUAAGCAGAAGCAGGGGAAGGUGGGGAGGGAAUAUAAGACAGGUAGGCUUGGUGCUGUAAUGACUUAUUAAUUGCUACAAGGUAGAGUAACUGCUGCAGGAGAAGUUAUUCCUGGUGGACUCCUAGCAACACAAUAAUUGCACCUAUGCCUGGGAUGCGUAUGAAAAACCUGCUAUGAGCUAUGUAUACUGGCAGCCCAGGACCCUUUGUUGAAAUCAGACUCGUACAUGCACGUGGGUGGCUGGCAGUGGGGCCCUGCAUGUGGCCACCAGAAGCUGCCUGGUAGGUGAGGCAAGUCCAGAAAGGUUGAGGGUCCCGGUGUGCUCCAGGGUCUCAGUGAAGCCUAAGUGUCAGGAAUAGGUGCCCGAGUUGCUUUGCACAUGUAGCCUAUAGGCACUGUCUCCUAUUAAAACACAGAUUUAUGCUGUGGAAUAAUAAAAAAUAAAGUUUGCAUUCCUACAUUUAUAAACGUAUAUUCUUAACUGUGUAACCAUCUAUAAAGUAGUGACACUUAAAAAGCUGUCAGCCUGACUACUGUGAAAAAUCCUGAGUUUUGACUAGAGAGGGCUUUCCUUCAGCAGCCUUUCGUCUCCCUAAAGACCUGAGGCCUCUCUCAGCAUGCUCAGUGCCAUAUCUGUGAAGCUGUUCAGGGAGGUGAUCAGAUGUGUUUGGCAGUUUUAUAUGGCAGGAAAUUGAAAUAGGGAGGAAAAAUCACUUUGAUGUUAGGGCUGUACCACUAAUAAUUCUUAAAAUAUAAGGGAAGGAAGGAUUGUGUUCCACACCCAAUGGUAAUUUAUUGCAUGUGUUGUUACUAUUAUUUUUGUUAUGUUUUCUGUGUUCAUGCUGGCUGAAGUAGCUUUAUUGCUGGGGAACUGUUCUUUGCGCUUUUUUCACCCCCUUUACCAACUACAUUGAAAAAAAUAGAUGUAGAAAAUUUUCUCUUGUGUGUGUAGCUUAUCCUACACUAGAUAGCAAAAUAUUCAGAUAAAUUCUUUCUAAAACAGUUGGGUAUUUGAAAAGUAACCUUGAAAAACAUGAGUGCACAGUUAACCAGAAAAAAAGCCCUCCACCUGUACCCUCCAAGUAUUCUGAGUUCAAUAAUUUGAAGCCAAGUUCAGCUGGUGCCCUGAAUAUGUGCUGGUGCAAAAAUCCAGUUUCACCACUUCCGUGUGGAGCCCGUCACCUCCUGUAAUGGCUCCUCUGUAAUAAUCAAGGGCUCUUUUCUCUUAAAGGCCUUGUUCAGUGAAUGUUUUAAAGGGGAACCUGACCCAUAGAAAUUCCUCCACAUUCGGUGGACUAUUUCUCGAUCUUCUUACCCUUUUCUGAUUAAUAAGUAAUUGUCAGGACUCACUUUUUAUAUAGAAGUGACAAAUAUCCUGUUGAAUAAAGUUCCCAAGUAUAUACUGGUACUGAGUUUGUAAAAAGGAGGGCAGUGUACACGUGCAGCACUUGCAAAUAGCCCCCUUCUCCUUCCUCCCCCUGCACAUGCUUUCCCUUGAAUUCAGAAGGACAGAACAAGGAACCUAGAGAACCUAUUAGGUUUAUUGAUAUUUCAGUCUGUAAAUAAUAUAGACAUGUAUGUUCAAUUAUGAAAAUAGAUAAAAACAUUUUAUAAACAUUGUACAAAUUAUUGACAUCCACACCACAUAAUAGCUGUUAAAACUGGCUUGCAAGCCUGGUCUUUUCAGAAAAGUCUCAGCUGUCGUCCUAGAAAGUUUGGUAGGCUGGUAAGGCUUCAAAAUAUUUGUGAUUCUGUAGUUAAAACCAAAUAGAAACCAGCUGAAAUUAGCUAGCAAGUGUGCCUGUUUGCUGCAGAGGUGUCUUUGGGUGAGCCUCAGACAAGUUUCAGCCAGGUGCAGAGCAGACCUGAAAGAUAAAAGGAAGAGAUGGGUAGUCUGUAUAGCAGUGCCUGUGUUUCUCAUUUGUGUCACGUCAGCCUGCAGGCAAGUUCUUAGAAGAGAAAUAAAAACUGGUUAAGACUGCAGUAAGGCAGAGUAAACAAGUACAGUUUCAAAGCCUGCACUUCCUGUGGGCUUGCUGUCCUCACCUCUUUCUAAGCUCAGAAGUCUUACAGGUAGCAAGAACAAGAGAUAUCUGAUUUCUGAAAAACAGGAUCCCCAUGAGCUUUUGACAUGGCUCCUGUUUAGCAGUAAAUAAGUAAGCUCUUGUUUUGGGGCACGUCUAAGAUCCUGCCCCUUCUCCCUUCCAAGAAGAAGAUGGCAGGGUUUUGCCGGAGGGUGUUUACUGUGCAGUGUCUGGGGUGGGCAGCUGUAGCAAAACAGGAAACUGUUGCCUUGGUGCCAGUAGGAAACCUCUGGUGGGAAGGCUAAUUCGCAGUUUUGAAGCUCUUGCAUAGCUGUUGUUUGUGCUUCCUUGGUAGCACUUAAGGACUGAAUUGAGCAAGACAUCAAACUAUUGGAGCUGGGGGAGCUACCUCGAAUUAAGCCACUGCAGUACUAAAAAUUGAAUUUAAGAGAUGUACAUGACCUCAGAAAUAAAAAUAAACUUUCUACUUUGGCUGGUUUUGCAUUAGAAGA